GGUAGCCUAUCGCAGCCUUACAUAGGUCCACCCAGUCGCCGAUUUAGAUCUUCGAUCAAAUCUGCCUAGCACAUGAUUUCAUGGUCCAUUUGGCAUUUACUCCUUAGCUGGACUUAAGGAUCGUUGCCUGGUUUACCAACUGCCACGUCUGUUUUGGUUCUACCCGUGUUCCCAUUCGUUUCUUUCCUUUGUCCCUUUUAGUCAACCACCUGCAACAUAUCUCUAUUCCGAAUCGGUUCAAGAACUCUGGCCGCUAUGGAUGAUCGAAAUGAUGGGGAUCCAAUAUGCCCAUUUUGUCCAGUUUCUGACCCGGACAUCAACUUUGUUGCAGAACACGUGGAGAUUUGCCAUCCUGAAGUUAACACCCAACAUGGACGUGGCGGAUGGUCCUCGGACAUGCUCGAAGCGUCACCCGAACGGCAGUGCUUACCAUCGUCAAAUGGUAAAGAGGAAUGCUCGAGCAAUUACAUCGAAUGUACACAUGGCUGCGGGGAAACAGUAAUCGAUGCCGAAAUCACCGCCCACCUUGAUAUGCACUUUGCCGAAAGAGUUGCCCUUGAAGACACAUCCUCACCCCGGCCAGAAUUGCCUUGCGAUUUAAAAGCAUUGACUUCAUGCCCUGGCGUAAAGGGUCAAGCGCAGCUAAACGAGUGUUUUCUGGGGCCAUCACUCAAGAAUGAUAUAUCACGUACUUCGUUGGUACGGGCUGGCGACUCCAAAACAGCGCCUUCUGGAGGAAUUAAACGGCUAGGGCGUACCGAGUUAGGACCCCACGCUCAUGAAAAGCAAAUGCCGUCUUGGUUGCGAAGAAUGUUAGAAAAGGGUUCUAAAUCAAUCCUAACAAACACAAUUGCUGUGGAUGGCACGCUUCGGAGACGUGAGGUGGCGGAGAAUGAAACUAGGGAUGUCAUCCCUGUGCUUGCUCGCCUAUGCGAGCAAGACAAAUCAGUUCAGCGUGCUUUUUUCUGCAGCCCAAAAGUCCACCAGAUUUCAAAGAUCCCAAAGGAAGGCGGAUUCUGCGGCUACAGAAACAUCCAAAUGUUGAUCACCUUCAUAAAUGAAACCCGUAUGCCAGGGCAUGAGCGCUUCCAUGGGGACUUGCCUACGAUUUUCCAACUUCAGGACAUGAUCGAAAAUGCAUGGGACAAGGGCUUCAAUAGUGUAGGAAGGGUCGAGACUGGGGGCAUCCGAGGAACCAGGAAGUAUAUUGGCACACCCGAGGCACAGGCCCUCUUUUCAAGUCUCAGGAUACAGUGUGAAGCCAAUAGUAUCGGAGCAACAAAAGAUAUGCGUGCGCACGAUGCAUUAUUUAUGAAUGUUGCAGCUUACUUUCGAGAUGCAUGUUCCUUGGAGGGAAAUAAUAAAGUCAUACAGACAAGCUUGCCUCCUAUCUACUUUCAGCACGAGGGGCAUUCUUUGACGAUUGUCGGUUUCGAAAUACGGGAUAAUGGUAGCGCCGACAUAUUGGUUUUCGACCCUAUGUUUCGUACACCCCCAGCAGUGAAGCGUCUUAAAGGAGCCCAGACGUUGACUUCAGACCCUGCGCGAAUAUUGAAAGGAUACAGGCGAGGAACAGCCUACCUACAGAAGUACAAGAUCUUCGAACUUCUAAAACUUAAAGAUCCUGCCAAUCUGCCCGAGCAAUAGUACCACUCCUCGGCAGACUGUGUAUCCCAAGGCGAAGCAAUUCGGUUUGAAGAUGUAAAGAAUAUCACCAGCCCCUUGACGACCAGCAUGGAAAUCGGGCUGUACUGUGGUGACUAUGUUUGACUCUUCUUGCCUACUAUCAUCGGUAUUCGGAAUGAACAUAAAAUAGGUCCAGGAGGCCACAACACAUCACCUCGAGAUUCUCACAGCGUGUUAUCAAGGAAGCAACUAGACUUGUGUCUGCAUGCUCUAGAUAAGUCGGUAUAC